UAUGCUUGGCUCGGACGCGUCAAAUUGAAUUAAAAAAAAAGUAUAAAACAAUUAUUACACUACGGCGUCGGCAAUGGCUAAUAUUUUGUAAUUUCAUAGAAAAAGCCGAAUUAUUAGUAAUUUGUGAUACAGACUUGUGUAUUUAUUUUAAGAUAAAAAUGGCGCGCAGCAAAAUAUCUCCGUCAGUAGUUACUGAAAAAGACAAAAAGAAACCGAAGGAGAAAAAGAAGAAAGGCGAGUCGGGGUCGAGUAGCAGUGAUAGUAGUGGCAGUUCUUCGGAUAGCAGUUCAUCAAGGUCAUCAUCCCGGUCUUCUUCAAGUAGUUCAGGAAGCUCUUCACGUUCAUCUUCAAGCUCUAGUUCUUCCAGCAGUAGCAGUGGCACCAACAAUCGCUCAAAGCCCAAAAAGAAAAUUUCACCACAUAAAAGCCCAGUCAAGGAUAAUAGACGUGAAAUUGAUAGAACCAAAGUGAGAGACAGAUCACCAAUUGAUGAUAAAAAGAAAAUUAUUCCACCCUCUGCAGCUGAUAAAUCAAAGAGCAAAGAGAAGCAUGAAAGAUCACCUGCAAGAAAAAAGCGGGAACGUUCACCGCCACCACGGCCAACGCGUAUUCACAUUGGUCGCUUAACAUUGAAUGUUACCAAAGAUCACAUUCAGGAGAUAUUUUCAACAUAUGGUUCUGUCAAAGCUGUUGAGUUUCCAAUGGACCGACUACACCCACAAAAUGGACGUGGUUAUGCUUAUGUUGAAUUCAGCAAUGCAGAUGAAGCGGAAAAUGCUAUGAAACAUAUGGAUGGAGGUCAAAUAGACGGUCAGGAGAUAACAGCAGCACCGGUGCUGAUUCCAUCGCGGCCGCGACGCCCGAGUCCGCGUCCCAUGCCGAUGCGGCAUGUACCCAUGCGACGACACUCACCACCUAGGUAUCGGCGCCGCAGUCCCCCGCCGGUCCGCCGUCGCUCGCCGCCGCGUCGUCGCCGCACUCGCUCGCGGUCGCCGCGCCCCGCCCCCCGCCGUCGUCGCUCCAGGUCCUCUUCGUCUUCUUCUCGAUAGACACACACACACACACACACACACACCUCAUCAACUAUACAAAUAUCUUUAUAGUGGCCAUUACAUUACACACAGACAACACCAGUUUGUUCUUUCAAAAAAUAAUUGUUACACUUCAUGAGUGGAGAAACAUCAAAGGCCACAAUUAGUAUAUGUAAUGAAACAUACAUAACUAGAACUGUCUAAAAAGGAAAACAAGUACAAAUGGAGUUGAUGAUAUAAAUUUAAAGUUGUCACUCCUCUGUUUUCUAGAUGAUUCCAAACAAAAUUCUCAGAUUACAUUGUAAAAUUUUCACUACAGACUAAAUAAAUGCAGAGUAGAGGUGAGUAUGUAAAUGUCGUUUUGCAGGUAAGUAUAAUUAUUAUUGAUCUAUUAACAUUUCAAUUGGUUUUUGUAGAAACUUAUUUAAGAUUUUCUUAUCAAAGCUUGCAAAUGGAAGUUUAUGCCGAGCGUGUGAGUGUACAGUGAGAUAUGAGACUAGUAUGUAAUUGACAUCAGUGCAGUGGUACAUGUUAAUGAAAUUGUAAUUAUAUUUUGAAAUUGGACUCCACGACAUUUGUUAAUAAAUUGAAAAUUAAAACUAA